GUUUGUGUCCUCUAGGCCUCACUGCCAAGCUGAAUUUUAAUGUAUCGAAAACAGUCUAUCGGAAAAAUGGUGCACGGCAAAGCGUGUCAUGGAUAGAAUGGAUACUCGAGCGCCCUGAUUACAGCUUAAAGAAUGCUGAUCUUUCAGAGUAUGACUAACAAUCGUGCGUUGUUUUACGCGAAUGUAAAUGUAUAACGCAAGUCAUAUUCUAAGGCUGCAGUCAUGUAUUCUACCGUCAUAAACACCCUGAGAGGACUUAGCAAACACUCGCUCCUCUACGUGGUUCUCGUGGUUGCAUCAUCAACUGUGUUUCAUGGCAGUAAAACAUAUGGCCCUGACUUCUUCAUCAGUAAAAAAAAGCUGAGACUAUUGAACUCUUGAAACUCUUGUUUCGCACUAUUCCUUUUGAAAUGCACCGCAGUGCCAUUCUUGUACAGAUCUGAUAACACAGGAAGUAUAGUAUAAUGCACAAAUCUGAUAACAACUUAAGUAACAAAGUACCGCAUGAACAACGAGCAGCAUGGCGAACGUGAUCUGAUACAUUCUAAACAACGUACAUUGCCAUAUAGAAGACACGGCAUCGUAUUUUGGGUGUCACUUUCGGCAAUCAGCUGAACGGUACAAGGCAAAGGUUGAAGGCGUUGCCUGCUAUAGGCAAGAAAAUGCAAUAUUUUUUAACCCUAGUGUUCAGCUGCAGUAUAGCUCUGAGCUUUUGCUCUGUUAACUCUUUCCUUAUUCCACAUGAAGGCAACGAAAAGUGCCAAGAGUACACAACCUAUGAGGAUUGCGUGAAGGAAGCGUACACGGCGGCCGCAAAAUGUCGAGAUUCAAGACUCCCACUACUCACGUUCAACAUUUACGAGGUUUGUGAUGGAUAUCAGGACAAGUUGAAAUGCCUAUGUUCUACUCAUUGCGCAAAAGCAUCUUGCCUGGAGUGCUUCAACAAAAUGGAAAAGAUCGUCGAAAGCUGCGAACUGUUUUCCAAGAAAAUAAACUGUGACCUCAAUGCCAGUGCCUCAGCUCAGGAAUGCGAAGAAACAAAGAUUUCUCUCAUCAAGUACUGCAGUAGCCAGGAAUGCAAAGUCUGUAAAGAUCUUUACUGUCGCAAUGGAGGCAAGUGUGCAGGACCCAACGCUUCUUUGUGCGCAUGUCCGCCAGGUUACGCGGGAGCUUUCUGUCAUAAAAGUAGAUGUGCAAGAUUGCCAUGUAAAAAUGGAGGCACGUGCAUCGGUGAAAACCUCUGUAAAUGUCCACCUCCUUAUUCUGGUGCUCAGUGUACAAGAAAAAGACUGGGAACCAGAGACAACCCGGCACCAAACGCACAAGCAAUUCUUGACGCCGGCGAUAGUGUAGGCAGCGGCAUGUACUGGAUCCAACCUCCUGGUGAAACAGCCCCGGCUCAAACUUACUGCGACAUGAGCUUUGCUGGUGGAGCAUGGAUGCUAGCUAGUUAUGGUUACGUUCACACAACGGGAACAAACUCCAACAACAAGGCCAUUCCUAACAUGAAUAGUCCCUUUGGUUUCGCUUGGCUUCCAACCCAACGUACCUCCUCUCAUGGCGUGAUUAAUUUACCACACGGGGCGGUAAUGAUGACAAAUAACGCUGGUUACAUGAUCAUGGCUGCGGGUAAUAACCCAGCCACGGGUGGUAUCAACCAAUAUGCAUACGUGUACCGUAUUUACCUAAAGAAUAACCCUUACAACAUAACCUUUGCAAACCAUAACCGUUAUAAUGGCGGACAGCCGGGCCGUAUGCAUAUCGUUGGUUUUGUUGUGGAAGCACUGAAAGGAGAAAGUGGCGCAUACGGAAAAUAUGCCCUUGGGGAGGCCCUUGGGGUAACAUGGUCCGACUCCUACCCAACCGGUUACGGUUUUUAUGACCAAACCACGCCUUAUGGAAGCUUUACCAAGGGUCCCUUUUUCCCGAGUGUCCAUUCGGGUUCGGGACGAAGCCCGUGUUCUGGAUGUACCCCUACUACUAACUACGAGCCUGAUGUGGUGGAUGGGACCCCUCAGUACACACAUCAUGGAUGGUACACCGCUAACGGGUGGGACAAAACAGGUCAAACCUCUAUUUGGUUUAAGUGAAAAGCUACUUUACUAAAGAAGGUUCCAUUAGAGUAGAUAGCCUACUGGACAAGUACACUCUUUAGAGUCAUUACAUUUUCGAACUCUCAUCACUUCAAAGCCAGUUAUUUAGUUAUACAUCUAAAAUUCUAGAAAGAAAGAUUUUAAUCAGAUUCGCUAACAAAAUAAGCUCCCCUUAACCACCCAACCUUGUUCCACACAGAAAUCAGAAUCUUGUGUGUAAACGAUAUCUGUAGACUAAGUUUAAGGUGUAUCGCUUGUCGGUCAUAGAUUAGCAAUAAGAGACAAUCAGCAUUCAUCGAAUUGCUGCAGUCCUUAGACGUUUGCAGCAAUGUAGUCAUAUUCGAGAAACUUUAUAAUUCGUAAUUCGGUCAACCGCAAGUCGCGCAAAAAUGUUUUAAUUCAGGCACAUGUCUCACUGAGAAAAUAGAACAAUUUUCAACACAACCAACGCAGUACAACUUUACGCAGUAUUUUGGUGCGUGUUACUGGUAUCUGUUCGCGUUAUAAAGCUAACUUCAGCUUUGAAAUUGGAACAGCGUUAGGGACUUGAGACAUGCGCUUCGCCUUGAAAGGAGUCCUUGAUAUUUGCACUCUGUUAUCGUUUAACAAACAAGUACACUUUGUUUUCGUAGGAAUGAAGAUAGAUCACUUAAACUUUAAUUUGAUAGCGGUAAUAGCUUUACCACAGCUUGUUUUAUUCAUUAAGAUAUACAACAUGUCAAGAUACAGAAGAGUUUUGAAAAUACUGAUAACUGUAAAGUACAAGUACUUUCUUUA